CGUCGAACCGGAAGUCCUCUGUCGUGUUUUAAAGCUGCUGAACGUGUGUGUCGCGUUGCUCGUUCACAAAGUUCAUAAAUGUGAGCGUCUCCCUGUCUUUCUACGGUUGGCUGGUUAAACAGAGAGCGAUGGCCGGUCCAGAGCUCCUGCUGGACUCCAGCAUUCGGAUGUGGGUCGUCCUGCCCAUCGUCUUCAUCACCUUCUUUGUGGGGAUCAUCCGUCACUACGUCACCCAGCUGCUGCACAGCGACAAGAAGGUCGACCUGGAGCAGGUGUCUGACAGCCAGGUGCUCCUGCGCAGCCGCGUCCUCAGGGAAAAUGGAAAGUACAUUCCUCGACAGUCUUUCGCCAUGAGGAAGCAUUACUUCAACGACGCAGAGACAGGCUUCUUCAAGAAGGUCAAGAGGAAGGUCGUCCCCAAGAACCCCAUGACAGACACCAGCAUGUUGACGGACAUGAUGAAGGGGAACCUGACCAACGUGCUGCCCAUGAUCGUGAUCGGGGGCUGGAUCAACUGGGCCUUCUCUGGAUUCGUCAUAACCAAGGUGCCGUUCCCUCUGACUCUGAGGUUCAAGCCGAUGUUACAGAGAGGGAUCGACCUGCUGUCGCUGGACGCCUCCUGGGUGAGUUCGGCCUCCUGGUACUUCCUGAAUGUGUUUGGACUGAGGAGCAUGUACAGCCUCAUCCUGGGACAAGACAACGCUGCUGACCAGUCCCGGAUCAUGCAGGACCAGAUGACAGGGGCUGCCAUGGCGAUGCCUCCUGACCCCAACAAGGCUUUUAAGAGUGAGUGGGAGGCGCUGGAGAUCGUGGAACACAAGUGGGCGUUGGAGAACGUGGAGGACGAGCUGAUGUCCAGAGACCUGAACUUUGGAACCCUCUUCACCCAGGACAUCAAGUCCACCAUGUUCUAGAAGGAACCCUGAGGAACAUGUGGUUCUAGAACUCUGUCCCCGAACAUUCUGGAACUCUGAGAGAAUUCUGGAACACCGUAUAAGUUAGAUAGUGUCAUGUGGUCACCGUGUUCACCCUCAUCAGGCACUUUAUUUACUUUCUGCCUUUUCACCAGCCUCCAAAUGAUAGUGUCCGAGCUGUGCCUUCAUAUGUUCAACGUGUUGAUUUGUGUUUGUGAACAAUAGUUUAAUAAUGAGUUCUUAUUAAACUUGUUGUCCAUUGAUAGUAACUUAAAUAGUUCAUUAGACCACUUCACUAGCCUUUUCUUACCAUCUCUUGUCUUAAAUCAGCUCAGUUGUUGGGUUGGUGCUUUAUUCUUUUUCUUAACGUGCUCCUUUAUUCAUUUUCUCUAGAAUAACAUGGUAAUGAAAUAUUUUGUGUGUGCAGUGUUCCAGAAUCUCUCAUGUUCUGAAGGUUCUAGAUAGUUAUUCUAGCCCGACCCUUUCUCAGCUCUGACUUGCGGAGCAGACGAGUUCCUGAAAUGUUCUUGAAGAUGGGGUUGUUUCAAAACCAGCGUAUUCUGCACCAGACGAAUCUCCUCAGGAAGACGUUUCUGUCGGGCGUGACGCAGGAACAGGAAGUUUAAAAACCACUGGGACGAUACGGGAGCUUUAAUUGGCAGCAGGCGUUCAUGUUCCCCCUGCAGGCGGACUCUCUUUGCAUGUGUUUUUUACCCUGUGGUCAUCCAGCGCGACUUGAAGUGAGUGCAACAGUUUAAUAAAAGUGCCAUCGAACUACC